AUGCGUUCCAGAAGCAGUGACACAGAGGGCUCGGCCCUAAAGCAAUUUCCAAGACAUAGUAAAGACCAUGGUUUCCAAGGACCUGAGGACAUGAAGCAGAGACAGCAAGACAAAGACCCCACCAAUGAGUCAGAUGCAAUUCUUUCCUGUCCUAAGUCACACGGUGGUGUUGGUCACCAUGGAGAAGACCUCUCAAGAGAUGAUCUUUUAUUUCUUCUGAGCAUUCUGGAAGGAGAACUUCAGGCUCGAGAUGAAGUCAUAGGCAUUUUAAAGGCUGAAAAAAUGGACUUGGCUUUGCUAGAAGCUCAGUAUGGGUUUGUCACUCCAAAAAAGGUGUUAGAGGCUCUCCAGCGAGAUGCUUUUCAAGCAAAAUCUGCCCCUUGGCAGGAGGACAUCUAUGAAAAACCAAUGAAUGAGUUGGAGAAAGUCGUGGAAAAAUAUAAAGAAUCUCAUAGACGAAUCCUGGAACAACUUUUAAUGGCAGAAAAAUCUCAUAGGCAAACCAUAUUGGAGUUGGAAGAAGAAAAGAGAAAACAUAAAGAAUACAUGGAGAAGAGUGAUGAAUUCAUAAGCUUACUAGAACAGGAAUGUGAAAGACUAAAGAAGUUGAUUGACCAAGAAACCGAGUCCCAGGAGAAGAAGGAGAAAGAAAAGGAAAAGAGGGUCACCGCCCUGAAACAGGAGCUGACCAAACUGAAGUCUUUUGCUUUGAUGGUGGUGGACGAACAACAAAGGCUGAUGGCACAGCUUGCCCUUCAAAGACAGAAAAUCCAAGACCUAACCACAAGCGCAAAGGAAACACAUGCUAAACUAGCCCUCGCUGAAACCCGAGUUCGGGAAGAAGAGCAGAAGGCAACCAGACUAGAGAAAGAACUGCAAACACAGACCACAAAGUCUGACCAGAACCAAGAAACAGUUAUGGCAAAGCUCACCAAUGAGGACAGUCAAAAUCGUCAGCUUCGACAAAAGCUGGCAGCACUCAGCCGGCAAAUUGAUGAGUUAGAAGAGACAAACAGGUCUUUACGAAAAGCAGAAGAGGAGCUGCAAGAUAUAAAAGAAAAAAUCAACAAGGGAGAAUAUGGAAACUGUGGUAUCAUGGCUGAGGUGGAGGAGCUCAGGAAACGUGUGCUAGAAAUGGAAGGGAAGGAUGAAGAACUCAUAAAAAUGGAGGAGCAGUGCAGAGAUCUCAAUAAGAGGCUUGAAAAGGAAACAUCACAGAGUAAAGACUUCAAACUUGAGGUUGAAAAACUCAAUAAAAGAAUUAUGGCUCUGGACAAAUUAGAAGAUGCCUUCAACAAAAGCAAACAAGAAUGUUACUCUCUGAAAUGCAGUUUAGAAAAAGAAAGGAUGACCACAAAGGAGUUGUCUCAAGAACUGGAGAGUUUAAAAGUAAGAAUCAAAGAGCUAGAAGCCAUUGAAAGUCGGCUGGAAAAGACAGAAUUCACCCUAAAAGAGGACUUAACUAAACUGAAAACAUUAACUGUGAUGCUGGUAGAUGAAAGGAAAACAAUGAGUGAAAAAUUAAAGCAAACUGAAGAUAAGUUACAAGCUGCUGCUUCUCAGCUUCAAAUGGAGCAAAAUAAAGUAGCAACAGUUACUGAGAAGUUAAUUGAGGAAACAAAAAGGGCACUGAAGUCCAAAACUGAUGUGGAAGAAAAAAUGUACAGUGUCACCAAGGAGAGAGAUGAUCUAAAGAACAAACUGAAAGCGGAAGAAGAGAAAGGAAAUGAUCUCCUAUCCAAAGUUAAUCUGUUGAAAAAUAGGCUUCAAUCUUUGGAAGCAAUUGAGAAAGAUUUCCUAAAAAACAAAUUAAAUCAAGAUUCUAGUAAGUCCACAACAGCAUUACACCAAGAAAACAAUAAGAUUAAAGAACUCUCUCAAGAAGUGGAAAGACUGAGACUAAAGUUAAAGGAUAUGAAAGCCAUUGAGGAUGACCUUAUGAAAACAGAAGAUGAGUAUGAGACUCUAGAACGAAGGUAUGCUAAUGAGCGAGAUAAAGCUCAAUUUUUAUCUGAAGAGCUGGAACAUGUUAAAAUGGAACUUGAAAAGUACAAGUUAGCAGAAAAGACAGAGUCCAGCCAUGAAGAGUGGCUUUUCAAACGGCUUCAAGAAGAAGAAGCGAAAUCAGGGCACCUCUCAAGAGAAGUAGAUGCACUGAAAGAGAAAAUUCAUGAAUACAUGGCAACUGAGGACCUCAUAUGUCAUCUCCAGGGAGAUCAUUUGGUUCUACAAAAGAAACUCAAUCAACAAGAAAACAGGAACAGAGAUUUAGGAAGAGAGAUUGAAAACCUCACUAAAGAGUUAGAGAGGUACCGGCAUUUUAGUAAGAGCCUCAGGCCUAGUCUCAAUGGAAGAAUCACCUCUGACCCUCAAGUAUUUUCUAAAGAAGUUCAGACAGAAGUGGCAGACAAUGAGCCGCCCGAUUACAAGAGUCUCAUUCCUCUGGAACGAGCAGUCAUCAAUGGUCAGUUGUAUGAAGAGAGUGAGGACCAGGACGAGGACCCUAAUGAUGAAGAAUCCGUGCUGUCCUUCAAAUGCAAUUCAUCUUCUCCCUGUCCUGUUAACAGGAAGCUAUGGAUUCCUUGGAUGAAAUCGAAGGAGAGCCAUCCUCAGAAUGGAAAAAUACAAACUAAACCCAAUGGCAAUUUCAUGCAACCUGGCGAUCUAGUCCUAAGCCACACGCCUGGGCAGCCACUUCAUAUAAAAGUUACUCCAGACCAUAUCCAAAACACAGCCACUCUUGAAAUCACAAGUCCGACUACAGAGAGUCCUCACUCUUACACAAGCACUGCAGUGAUACCAAACUGUGGUACCCCAAAGCAAAGGAUAACCAUCCUCCAAAAUGCCUCCAUAACACCGGUGAAAUCCAAAACUUCUGCUGAAGGCCUCAUGAAUAUAGAGCAAAGUAUGUCCCCAAUUACUAUGGCAACCUUUGCCAGAGCGCAGACCCCAGAGUCUUGUGGUUCUAUAACUCCAGAAAGGACAAUGUCACCUAUUCAGGUUUUGGCUGUGACUGGUUCAGCAGGCUCUCCUGAGCAGGGACGUUCCCCAGAGCCAAUAGAAAUCAGUGCCAAGCAUGCAAUUUUCAGAGUCUCCCCUGACCGGCAGUCAUCGUGGCAGUUUCAACGUUCAAACAGCAACAGUUCAAGUGUGAUAACUACUGAGGAUAAUAAAAUCCACAUUCACUUAGGAAGUCCUUACAUGCAAGCUGUAGCCAGCCCCGUGAGACCUGCCAGCCCUUCAACGCCACCACAGGAUAACCGAACUCAAGGCUUAACUAAUGGGGCACUAAACAAAACAACCAAUAAAGUCACCAGCAGUAUUACUAUUACACCAACAGCCACACCUCUUCCUCGACAAUCACAAAUUACAAUCAAGGAGGUAUGCAAGCAGAGAAUCCCAACACGGAUCCCUAAACCAAAAUCUACAGGCAACACUAAGCUUUUCCCUAAAGCUCCCCCAGGGCUUAUGGAUAAGCCCAGUCACUACACUAGCUGUGGGAAGCUACACAUCAUAAGAACUGUCACCUCUAACAAUUUUCUCCACAUGGGAGGGAAAAGGUAAGUAAUGCCAAUGCAUUAUCUGGAUUCAUCCACUUACAGAAAUACCCAGAAAGCUAAAAUUACCAGUAUGAAGGCCAAAGAGGAAAGGUCACCUCUCUAAGAAAUGGUGAAGCAGCAAAAUGACAAACAGUUCAUUCAUAGGUUGCUGGACCUGGUGAAUAGCAUCCUGAAAGAGCAGCAUAUCUGCAUUUAUUGUACCUAUAUGUGUAUAUAUGCAUAUACACACAAACAGGCCAAAUCCUUCCAAUUCCUCAUUCUACUUAUAAUCCAGCCCAAAGCUGGACCAU